AUGGAUCACGAUAAAGAAACUCCGAUUGUGGCGAAUUCAAGCUUCUCAGCUUCCGAUCUUCAGAACCUAGCUCGUGUUCUUGCGCAGAUCUCUAACCUCCAAUCUCAAAUCCCUCGCUCGCCGGUAAGCUCUAUUACUGAUCCUUCGAGCCCUUAUUUCGUGCAUCCUGAAGAGAAUCCAGGCAUAUCCAUCAUCAAUGUUGUGUUAACUACUCGAAACUAUGAUUCUUGGUCAAGAGCUAUGACAAUUGCAUUAAAAUGCAAGAACAAAUUUUGCUUUGUUGAUGGUAGCCUUCCGAAACCACAAGAAUCUGAUCCCAAUUUCAUGGCUUGGGAAAAAUGUAACGCUCUUGUAGUAUCAUGGUUUAUCUCAUCGAUCAGUGAGGAAAUUUUACGGAGUGUGAUAUGGAAUGAUAAUGCUGCUGAUAUUUGGCGCGAUCUUAAGCAUAGAUAUUAUGAGGGUGAUGUGUUUAGAGUGGCUGAUCUUGAAGAACAAAUGUUCUCUAUCAAACAAGGAGAGUUGAGUAUCACCUCCUAUUUCGCGAGACUGAAAGCAAUAUGGCAAGAACUUGACAGUCUUAGGCCAAUUCCAGAUUGCAAUUGUGGUGAAUCUUGCUCAUGUGGACUUGGCAUUGUUAGAAAUUACAGGAAGGAUAGUUACCUGGUGCGCUUGCUGAGAGGAUUAAAUGAUCAAUAUUCUGUUACAAGAUCUCAAAUCAUGCUAAUGGAACCAUUACCGACACUGAAUGAUGCCUUUGCACUUCUCACUCAACAAGAGCAACAAUUUGGAACCCUUGAUAUCCUAGAAGCCAAUGCUGUUUCAGCUGCUCAAACUACUGUUAAUGCCACCAUUGGUUCUCAAAGUUUUACUGUUCGUGGAAGAGGAAGCCGUGGCAGAGGUGGCAGGACUGGCAGACCACCUACUCGGAUGUGCUCUUUUUGUCACAAGAGUGGGCACCUUGUUGACACAUGUUAUAGAAAACAUGGGCUACCGCCUCAUCUCAAAUAA